AUGGUGCUAAAAAUAUAUGAUAGAAAUAUUAUUCAUAGGUAAAUUUAAUUAAAUUUAAAUAAUUAAUUUAUGUCAAAGCAAAGCCAUCAAAUUUAAUUCACCAGCUGGCACUAAGUUAGAACAAACAAGCUCGACGAUUAAGUGACAGAUGAAUUAACAAAAUAAUACAAAGUAUAUAAAAGAGUGAAUUAAUUUGCAAAGAAAAAACGUGAUUAAUUUUUUUAUUAAGCAGGGAGAAUGAAUGAAAGAAUUAUUUACAAGGCAAAGUGGAAGGUUAAGAAGUAUUAUUGCAUAACUAAAUUUCCAUCUAUAUUACAAGGGCUUUAACAUGAAUAUAAGAAUUCGAUAAAAUGA